AUGGGGGCUGUUGAUGAGCAGAGUUGGAUUACAGGAACUGAUAGAUUUGGAUCUGACAGGUGCAUUCUGUUUCCUCAGUGGUAUGCUUUUUUCAUUGGCUAUUUCAUUUGUAGGUUGGCAAUUGCAUGGCCACAAGCAUCUGUUUCGGCUUACUAUGUAGCCUAUGCGCAGAAUCCAGAGAACUUUCCAUUUGAAUCAACUAUUAACGAACGCUUGAACCAGUUUCCAAUAGCUUCACAAAGUCCCAGUACACCAGAGAUGAAGGCAAUUCAGGAGGUGUUUCGCAGAAUUCUAUGA